UAGCUCUAGCCUUGGUUACAUCCCGCCUAUAUUGACAGGCAGGCUAGCAUCCACAGAUUAUACACCUAUUUACUUCUCAUAACAGAGUUAUUUGGGUGGGUACGUCGUACGUUCAGCCCAUUUGAAUUGUAAUUAUUUGUGCUGUUACAUGUCAUGUCUCGUAUUUGGGACCAAUAUUUAGCCUGGUUCUAGUUUUUCAACUCAUCUUUAAAAUAGGACAAUGUGGAGUCCAACUCACGUUCAACUAACAGUUCAAAAAGCAAAAGGCCUAAUAACAAAAGGGAAAAAUGGAACAAAUGAUGCCUUUGUGACAAUUGCUUUAGGGAAGGAUAAAUAUCAAACAUCACUGAAAGCUAAAGCGUCCGAAAUUAUUGAAUGGCAUGAGAAAUGUGACUUGCAAAUUCCGAAACAAGGCAAUACUGCCGAGAUAACGCUCACAGUUUUUCAUCGCAAUUUUCUGGGUGUGGAUGAGUUCUUGGGUUGCGUCAGUAUACCUCUGGCUGAUUUCGAUGUCUAUGAGAUGCCAAGAAACAAAUGGUAUAAGCUGAAAGAUAAACCUGGAAAAGACAAGAAAAAAGAGCGUGGAGAACUGGAAGUGAAGGUAGCAUUCGUGGUGAUGUCUGGAAGCCUGGCUGAUCUCACUAAAAAAGAUAAGCACAAGUCAUCUGUUGGCCAGCUGUCUCAAGUUUUCAGUGGAAGUCUUAUUAGCAUCAGUAGCCUGGACAAAAGAAAGGGCUUGAAGAAACUAGCAAGUAAAAUAGGAAAGAAAGUAAAAAGUCCAAAACAUAAUGAUGCCGAUGGUCUCGAUGAGAUUAGCAUCGGAACUGGUAUGUCAAGACAAGUCCCUGGUGACGCCGACCCUGGAGUGAUCAGUGAGGGAGAGGGAGAAAGUGAAGAUGAAUUCACUGAUGAAGAACAACAACAAGGCCAAGAUGAACAUAUCAAAUUCACUGCUGGCGGUGAUGAAAUUGAAAUCGAUGACUUGUGUAAUACAGAUCUCGCAAAAUGUGUAAACUUUGAAAAAGUAGAAAAAUCAGGAAAAUGUCAUACUUUAGAAUUUCCCGGCAGUCAAGGCGUUGUAACAAAGCACUGGAUGAAAGCUUACAGGAAAAUUAAAAUAGGACAUGCCUCUAUUAAACUGUUGGACGAGCUGUCACAUAAAGGAUCAGGCUGCUCAUUGGAAGUGACUGCUAAUGAUAACAUCGCAUCAGCCAGCUCGGCGAAUGCGUCUCUUGAGAAUUUGGCUGGUGGCGAGAUAUUGAGGCGAUCAAGUCCCCCUGCCAAACCCCCGCGCUUCCAGCCAAACAAAGAUGGCAAAGAGAAGAAGUUAGAUGAGUGGGAGCAGAAAUUGUAUGGAAAACAUGGUAAAGCAGAAGGAGGAAGUGGCGGGGGAAGAAAGGUGGACACGUUGAAAAGACGUCUGAGUGUUCUAUCGCUCUUCUCAAUGAACAAUGAGGAAAAUGCUAAAACUCCAUCGCCCUCCUCGUCUUGCAAGGAUCUUGACGAAGAUACAAGAUCCACAUUUUCACCAUCAGCCUUCAAUCGGAGUACUAUGGAAAGAAUUAUAAUCGGAGGGGAAACCGAGAAACCAGUUGCUUCCAACUCAUCUAGAUUAUCACAAGAAGUUCUCAAAAACUAUGAGGGCAAAUCGAGAGAAGAUUUGAUUGAAAUGGUGAUGCGGUUGGAGGCGGAUCUGAAGAAUAAGCGAGCCCAACAAAAGGAUUUAGAGGAUUAUUUAGAUAAUCUGCUUCUUCGUGUGAUGGAAACAUCGCCUCGAAUUCUACAAAAUCCCUACAUUAAUUGCAAGGCGCAAGCUAAAAUUAUGUAGCACCCAAAUAGCAAUUCUUCAUUUUUAUGACUUUGUCUUCCGUGAACGACUUUAUUUGGUCACAUUUCAAUUUUCUAUUUUUAUGCUUCAGAACUUCAUGACAAAUUUAUUGAUUGAUGAAACUAAUUUUUAUUUGUUUUAUCAUGAAAUAAGUGAAAAUUGUACUUUAAUUAUUGUGAUGUAUUCUGCUUUGAAGGCAAUGACAAUAAUAAUUAUAUAUUUUUAUAUUAGACUUAGACGUAUAUAACUAUUAGACGUAUACGUCUGAAAAAUAAGUUAAUUCAUAUCAGACUUUGGUGAACAUACCUGCAAUUCUUCUAUUGGUUGUUGAAUUCAUAAGCUAUGAAUUACCAUAGUCAUAAGACUUGAAUCAGUAUUGAAACACUAUAUCCUAAACCAAGGUUAAUUAAGGUUGUUUAUGGUUGAUAAAGAUGGAAACGAUGGUUAAUAGUAACGGUGUUACUACUUCUUUAGUGAACAAAGCUGUAAUUUUUAUUGGUUGUUGCUUUGAAAUUGUUCACAUUGUCAAAUUUUGUUCGUUUAAAAGAUCAAAUUUAUAAUUUUUUCGUUGUCUAAACCGAUAAUCCGUUAUUAGAAUUUUAUUGAAUGUAAUUUACAAUUACUAGACUCGUUUAUUCACAUAAAACUCGCGCAUGAAUUGGGAUAUUAGAUUAAUCUAUGGAUAGAAGAUGUCUGUAGAGUUAUUGGUCGUUCUAGCCUUCAAAUUUUGAAUCUGAAGCCAUUGAUUUAAAGUGGGAAAAAUUAUGCGAAGUUUUUAAGAUAACAUAUCGAACGUGCUAGUGUUUAUGUGUAUUAACUGAAAUUAAUGACUGAAGAAUGAAGAUCGGUUGAUUCGAUUUUUAUACAAGUUUAGAAAAUUUCUAACUAUAUUCUCAUUUCUAUGUUUGUCAUGAACGUGUCUUACCUUCAGACAUGUACGCGGUCAUUUUUCUUGUAAUGACUAAUGAGUCUUUGAAUUUUAGAUACCAUUCUAAUGGCUUUUCAGAUGAGUGGUUUCUGGUUUAGAAGAUUCAUUUCUCUUUCCUUUUCAGGGCUACUAAGAUAUUGUACUUCAAGAUUCAUUUCAUUUAAACUUUUAUUGAUGUUUUCUUUGUCUAACUCCUGUUGACUGUGUCAUUUGGCUGUGACAUUCAAGAUAACUUAAUGGAAGACAUUGUCCGGAAAUGAAGAGAAUCAUUUUAAAAAUGUGAUCAAUUCUCCAUCCGUUGUAUAACAUAGUUAGUUGAGCUUAACAUACUCCGUCAUGUGGAGGUAUUGUACAUUUAGAAAAAGUUAUUUUGUUAUGAAGAAUCAAACGUGGUAUAAACAUUUGUUUAUUCUUGUAUUAUUGUUGAAAUAAUGAAAAUGUUUAUUGAUACUUGUUUUGAGUGUAGAAAUCCUUUAUAAAUGCUCAACGCUUUAGCCUUAGUUUGAAGCCAAAUUAAGAGUGAAUAUUUGCCUUAUAAAAAUACAUAUAUACGAGUUUUAUAAUAACCAUGUGUAGAAAACACAUUACACAUAGAAUAAAAACCAUUACAAACUUACAAUUAAAUGAAGAUAUUUCGGCGAUUUAAAGCGCCUUUCUCAAUCAAGACUUGAUUGAAUUGACUAAAUCUGAUUCAGUCAAAUAUCUCCAGUUAAUAUUUAAGUUCAUACAUGUAUUCUAUGUUAUGAGUUUCCUAUAUACGAUUAUUAUAUAUAUUUUAAUAUUCUAGUUAAAGAGGAAGUGCUUUAUGUAAAAGUAGUGAUUUAUCAAGUAGCCUCAUGCUCACGUUUAGCUGAAUACCAUUCAUGAAACUUAUUGUACUUCAAAUAAUUAUAAAUCUGUAUUUGAAUUUCCACUGCAUUAAAUUAUAAUCCAGGUAGUUUUUGUCCACUAUUCGUAGCCUCUGCAAAACUCAACAUUGAUUAUCUUGAAAUAUUGAUAAUACUUGAAUUUUUGUUUGAUAGAGUGAUAGAGAAUCCUCAGACACCAAAUAUAGAUGUAUAGUUAACUCUACAUGCUCAGUUGCCAAAUCUAACCUUUGCACUUUCAGUAUUUCCCGUGAGGUGGUUUGAGAGCAUUGCAUACUGGAUCCUGAUUACUGAUACAUGAUUAUCACAUACUGAUACAUAUUGAAUAUGAAACAUGAAAAAUUCUAGAUUUGUUAGAAUAUCAGUAUUGAACUUGGAUUAUUUUCACUCGAAAGGUUGCUGAAUAGAGUACAUUAAUGUCA